CGGGUGAUUUAAGACUAUCUGACAAUUGCUCCUUAUCACUUCCUAUGGAGAUAUAACGAAGUAUCCGAAAAAAAGAACACAACUUGUGCUUCCCCUUCUGCCUAUUUCUGGUUAUAAGUUUUGUUGUGAUUGGCUCUCUAGUCUCACAUUACUUUUUCCCGCAGUGGUUAUAGAAUUAUAGUUUUUGAUAAAUAUGAUUUAUUAAUGAUGUCUGGUUUAAGUUUGAUAGCUACAUAUUCAUCAGACUCGGAUGGCGAAGUAGAAAAUAAUGAUAUUCCAAAUUUUGAAACCAAAAAGGCGGAAGGAAGUUUACCACUUCCAUUAAGUAUUGUUGAAUGGAAAGGUGUUUCGCAUCAUGAGGAAGUAAUCGAUGAUCCUUCUUUACAUGAUGGAAGGAUACGAUCAUUCAAACAUGAACGUGGUAACUGGGCAACGUUAGUUUACAUUAAUUAUGCUCCAAGCGAUUCUAUGAAAGUAUGGAUGGAAUCAAUUAAAUCACUAAUAUCGAUAGAAGAUAGUGUGAUCUUUGAUCAUUUUCAUAUUAGUUUAACUCGUACUGUGACCCUUAAGUUUCAUUGGAUUGAUUCAUUCAUUGAUGCUGUGAAAAAUAUCUGUCAGAACAUAAGCCAGUUCUCAGUGGAAUUCACAGAUGUAAAAGCAUAUUGCAACGAUGACAGAACACGAACAUUUCUUGGAAUAUGCUGUAGAAGUGAUAAUGGAACAUUGGACCACUUGACAAAAGCAUUUAAUAAAUUACUUGCCGAGUAUCAACUACCACCAUUUUAUGAGGAAGCUUCGUAUCAUGCCAGUUUCUUGUGGUGUCUUGGAGACAAAGAGGAACGUCUGAAUUCUCUACUUCCAUCUCUAACCAACAGUCUUAACAAUUUCUGGGCUACAAAUUCGGAUGAGAAUUGUGUGCACGUUGACAGUAUACAUUGUAAAAUUGGAAAUAGAAUGUACAACAUAACGUUAAAGUAAAAGUUUAAGAUAAUUUA